CGGUGGAUUACAUAGCUACGUUCCAAAGAUAAGUACUAUUUCGUCUUCCCAAAUCGAUUCCGAGUGCGAGUUGUUUAUUCCCCGCCAAGUCCGAGUUCCGCGACUUAUGUAUAUAUAUCCUUAUAUACAUAUCUGUUAUGUAUAUAUAUCCUUAUAUACAUAUCUGUUCAUCCAGUGCUAUCCAGUUUCUGUGUCGCUUUCCUUUUCGCCAUCGCAAUAUUAUCGGCAAUUCCGGCGUUUCUCGUUACUUCGACUCCAACUACCAGUGCUACGGUAGUUCUCUAAUUCCAUCUGUCUGUGCAUCCGCUUUCGACACUUUGAAUUAAAACAAAAUAAAUCCCCAUAAUCCAGCCUCAGUAAAUACAAUUGCAUUCCGAGCAUAUGUACAUACAUUCCAGCCCAUAAGAGCGGCUUCCGUAAUAAAUAGACGAACAUACCUACAUACACAUCCAAGUGCUAACAGAAUAAAAACCCACCCCAACAAUUAUUAAGUGUUUUUAUUCCGACAUCUAUAUACACAUAUUUAUUUCCAUAGUUGGCGGCAACAUAUAUAUCCAUAUCGCCAAUUAUUUACAUACAUAUACACAUAACGCACAUACCAUAAAAAUACCACUCCCCGUAGAAAAAUACCGCGCUCCAUACACUACAUACAUACUCCGCGCAAGUGCCAAUUUUAAUAUAAAAUUCGCGAUUCCGUAAAAUUCGUGCACUCUAGCCACUUUUCACGAUCGCUACCCCAACUCCAGCAUCCUCCACUUUCCAAAUAAAUUACUCGCGACCAAGGCACGGCGCACUUAUAAGUAAACUAUCGCCCAUUCCAACAAGAUAUCGAGGAUAUAAAUACCAUUCCGUUCGCCUUCCAUCCGUAAAUAAAACAGUUCUGCUCACGACCGCGCCAAAGAGGUAAACGGAGGAGCACCGCUCUAACAAUAUUUCCGAAAUAUUGCCACCAGUGUGAUCGUUCCUCUCCUCAGCUCGGCACAAUAUAAGGUCACUCCUUGUUUGGGAACUCCCACCUAAAGGUGAUUUCAAACAAUCCGAGUCGACCUGAUUAUUGCAUUCCAGCUAGCUCGAGGCCUUUUUCCUGUCAGCCUUCCGCAAGUGAGUUAUAUUUCAGAACAAAUAUUUAUUUCAUGGCGCGACCCGUGUGAAUUCUACUCAGACCAGUCUUCUGUCCCUACAAGACUUCCGAACCCGAUUUUCGGUGCGUGUGUGAGUUCGUAAUAUGCCAACAGGCCACAAAGAUAGCAACAAGCUUUUGUCUGUGACCUCUCCAAGACGGCUACGCACCUCUUCCGCCUCCGGAACUACGCCGACACAGAAAACCAAGUCGCCCCUCACUCCGAGAGCAGCCAGUAGUAGCCCUGCUGCAAGAACCAAAUCAAUUCUCUUUCCGUCUCCCGUCACCCUCAAGGUUCCAGUUCUGACGCAAAAAGGCGCUUUCGUCAGUAGUCCCGUCCGCUCUCGCCACUGCAUCACAAUGACUCCAUCCGCACCCUCUGUCGCACGGACCAAAUUGCUCGCUGCCAUUGGCCGACUGUCCCACCUGGCAGAGCGCAUAACCGCCGCACCAUCCGCCACUCUGUCCGAGGUCCGCCGAGGCCAAAUCCUCAGCAUGUGGAUGGACGUCGAGGCCGAGUACAAGGCCUGCUCCGCGGUGAUGGCUGACGAGGAUCCAGAAACCCAAGCUGACAUCCGAGAGGGGUACGGGCGAAUGCUAUGGGGCAUUCGAACAGUGCCUAGCUGA